AUGGGAUAUGAACUCAUUACCUGCCACGCUGAAGAAUUCAUUCAAAGCCACCUACCAAAGGACGGCUUGAGCAAUUUCGACGCAAUUAUGGCAGAACUGCGGGAACAAAAGGUCCUGGAGAUUCGGCCCCUCACCCAGCCCAAAACAGCUGCACCUCGCAGCACUCAUACGUUCAAAGCCUUUAAAGGCCUCUUCCGACCUGGUCACGUCAAACCAACUCGCGUCCUGAAGGCGCUGCAGGCAACAUGGAAUAGCGUGCGCAAGGCGAUGGGGAGGAUCGCUGAGGCAAACAGCAACGAUCACUCAUUCCGCAGUGUCGAUGGGGAAGGUGCCGCCAUCGACACCUGCCUGACUGCAAACAUGGAUACACCCCUGCGGUCGACCGACGUUGUGAUUCCAUUCCGCGUGACCACUGGGAUCGGAGAUAAUGACCAGAACAUUCCCGAUCCCCUCCCAGAUUUCCUGAGUGUGAUAAACGAAGACGCUCGCCGGAGCCACCUAUACGCAAUCACCAUCGAAGAUUCCCAUAUGUCGCUCUGGUAUCUUUCACGGUCUCUGUGCACCAAGUCUACUCCGUUCAGCAUUCUCGAGAACACCAAUCUCGUCGUACAAACCUUUAUAUCCUUGAUGGCAGCCACGGAUGAGGAACUCGGUUAUGAUCCCUUGGUCACGCUACUCCCGGACUUUACCUACGUCUAUGAACUGCCGCCAGAUGAGGGCAGGAAAGGCUCCCUCUACUAUCAGACCGUCGGGCUCGUUUCCGAGUUCCACUCGGAUGAUCCUGUCGGACGCAGCGCGCGGGUUUGGAAGGUGAAGCAGGUGGCCUCCCCCACUGAUCUGAAACGCGUUCCCGGGACUUCCGACAGGAUCCUCAAGGACGUGUCCCUCGAUGCACGAAUGAAACCCGAGGUGGAUACUCAGCGACAGCUCUUCGCUGAUAUCGCCGCAUUCGGGAAGCGUGUUGGCUGGCGUUCUGCGGACGUUCUGAAGGACAUGCGAGAGGAAGAUAUGGAUACGCUCGCGGAUGCCUUGAACGGGGAGAACUUCAAGAGAUAUUUCUCGUGCAUCAUCGCCAGUCACGUCGGCAAGGGCUACUCUUCCCAAGCUUACGCCCAAGGCCCGCCCGAAAGUUGCAGUGACGACCCCAGGCCGACCUUCGUACCAAAGCGUCGGUGCUUCUACCUUUAUGAAUUCAUUUGCACGCCCCUCUACGACAUCCGUACACUUGGAGAAGCAAUCGACAUUCUUAAACAGUGUCUCACAGCAAUGCGACUCAUGUACUGCGCUGGGUGGAUCCACCGAGACAUCAGUGUGGGGAAUAUCCUCGCCAUUCGGUCUGGCCCAGAAGCGCCUUGGGAAAUGAAGUUAUCCGACCUUGAAUUCGCCAGAAAAUUCCAGGACCCAGAGAUUCCGAAGGGAGAGGAGCCAAUCGGGACGCCAUUUUUCAUGGCCUGCGAGUUGCAAACUGGAAUGCCCUUUACUCCCGGUGAUGAUCCCUCGGCAGAAACCGACCACGACAGCGAGCCCGAACUCUCCCCAGAAGAUUUUGAACCAUUCCCACCAAUCCUGCACAACCCCCAGCAUGAUCUCGAAUCAAUAUGGUGGAUCGUCCUCUGGCUCGUCACCGCCAGAACUCGCGCUAGCUCCUCCCGUAAAUGGAGCGAUAUUUUCUUCAAGAACAGCAAGGCACCCGUCUAUGGCAGGACGCGUGCAAUGCUCCUGUCCAGCCUAGAGCCUCUCGACUUUGGCCCCGUCUUUCCGAAGGAUCUUCCAUCGGGUUUGUACGCGAAGCCAUUAAGUUUCAUCCGGUGCCUUGACGUUACAAGGCUUGAUAUCUGGCGCUCAUACAAGUUGCGAUUCAAAGCCAAAGCUCAAGAAGACCCUGGUAGCUAUUCGUGGAUGAUGGGCAAGGGCGCCUCGAAGUUCUUCCGUGCUGUGGAAAGAUCUCGGCAGGCGUGGGCUUCUAUUCCACUGAUCGUCGUAACAGAGCGUGAGGAUAACCGGAAGGUGGUCGGCGAGCCGGUGCAGGUACCUUCGUCACCCAAGAAACGAAAGGCGGAGGAUGAAGUGGUCGUCCCGACCGACGCUAGUAAUCGGCUAGUGCCAACACCAGCGAAUCACGAGCAUGAAGAAAAGCCCCAGCGACCUCGAAAGCGGCUGCGAGUCGCAGCCGUUGAUUCCACUGCUCAGGCUGAGCGCUCACGACCUGUAACGAGGUCGAUGACCAGGGAGCAGCGCAAUGCUGGCCCAACGACGAGGUCCAUGACGCGCCGCCUUCAACAACCUGCUUCAACGCGCUCCCGACAGACGAGGUCUUCGGUUACCCGAACUCAUCGAUAA